AUGGCCCCGGCGCCGCCGUUGGUGACGGCGACGGCGACGGCGUUGGCAUUGGUGCUGCUGUUGUCGUGCGUGGCGGUGGCCAAGGAGUGCACGAACGUGCCGACGCAGCUGUCGUCGCACACGGUGCGGGCGCGGCUGCAGAGCACGCCGGGGGCGGAGGAGUGGCGGUGGCGGGAGCUGUUCCACGACCACCUCAACCCCACCGACGAGUCCGCGUGGAUGGACCUCCUCCCCCUCGCCGGCAGCACAACGGCGGCGGCGGCGGCGGAGGAGUUCGACUGGGCGAUGCUGUACCGGACGCUCAAGGGCGGCGUCGGCUCCUCGGCGGCGCAGGCCGGGGCGUCGCCCUCGUCGUCGUCGUCGUUCCUGGUGGAGGCGUCGCUGCACGACGUGCGGCUGGACCCCGGCGACGAGGUGUACGGGCGCGCGCAGCAGACCAACCUCGAGUACCUGCUGCUCCUGGACGUGGACCGGCUGGUCUGGAGCUUCCGGAGGCAGGCCGGGCUGCCGGCGGCCGGCGCGCCCUACGGCGGCUGGGAGGGCGCCGUCGUCGAGCUCCGGGGCCACUUCGUCGGCAUUACCUGA